UUCUUUUUACCACGCGGACGUUCAACAAAACCAACAUGGCGUCAAAUUUUUCACAUGAAAUUUUAUCCAUUUUACUUCUUUUUGUACUGUUAUUGUCAUAUUCUCUUGCCGUAAAAGAUGAUGGAGGCUCAGAUAAAAAUUCGGACGUGAAUGAUUUUGCUGAAUUCGAGACAGAAGAUGAUGAUGAAGGUGAUGAUGCUUAUGAAGACGAGGUUGAAAACUUAAAGCCGCCAGAACGAAACAGGGCAGAUGAAUUUAGUGAUGAUGAUGAUGAUGUUGAUGUCGAAACUGGUAAGUUUGAUUUGGAAAUUGAAUCAGCGCUUUAUUAUUUUGAUCCCUAUUUUUUGUUCUAAAAGAACGUGUAAAAAGAAGAAUAUAGAUGUAUAUAAUUCUUUCAACAAAAUGGCCACUUUUAAUACCAUUGUUUCCACUUCGAAUGUUGCCUUUUAUAAAUGUCCUUAAUGCUGUGAAUCAAUAUUUCCAAUACAAUUCUCGCCCUGUAUGGUGAUGUAUACCAAAUUUGUUUUUAGAUGAUAGAGGUGAAAGUGACGAGGGUGAUGAGUCGGAUGAAGACAUGACUGUUGAG